AGCAAACCGCGAGUAGCAGCACAUUGUCGUAUGACUUCUGAGAAAUCAAACAAACCACAUUGCCUGAAUGGCUCUAGAUAAAUACAGCAGCACCGGACUAAACCAACCCCAAACAUCUCCAAGAAUGGGACUUUUCUGCUUCUACCUGCUCUUUAGCAUUUUUCUUCUCAUACAGAUCAAUGGAAAUGUGUGCAUGGAUAUUAUCAAUGGCAAUGAGGCAACUCCACAUUCCAGACCGUACAUGGCACUUAUAAAUAAUGACGCUGGCUCCUCUUGUGGAGGGACACUCAUUAAACCAAACUGGGUGCUAACGGCAGCUCACUGCAUUGUGAACAAUUCAAAGGUUAUACUUGGGGCUCAUAACUGGAGAAAAAGAGAAAGAGAGCAGCAGAGAUUUAGCAUUGCCAGAGCAGUUCCACACCCAUGCUUCGAUUUUAAGCAAAAGAUCCAUGACAUUCAACUUCUACAGCUCAAAGGAGUAGCAAAGUCCAACAAAUUUGUCUCAGUACUUAACCUGCCAACCAUAGACGAAGACGUGAAGCCUGGGAGUAUUUGUAGCACUGCAGGCUGGGGAGUCACCAAAGUUAAAGGCAAAGCAUCAGAUGUCCUCCGAGAAACUAAUGUCACUGUUGUAAGCAGAGACAAAUGCAACAAAAUCUAUAAGAAGAUUCCAAAUACUGAAAUAACCACCAACAUGUUAUGUGCAGGCCCAGCUAAAAAACGAAAUGAAGAUACUUGUCAGGGUGAUUCUGGCGGACCACUGAUUUGUGAUAAAAGGUUCAGUGCAAUUGUUUCGUUUGGAAAAACGUGUGGCGAUCCGAAAUACCCUGGUGUUUACACACGUCUGACAGCAAAGUACCUGCAGUGGAUAAGGGAUAUAACAGGAGGGGCUGACUGGUAAUAUAUGGAAAUCAAUAUCAGCUCAAGUUUAUUUGCUGGAUGGAAUAAACUAUAAAGAUGCCGAUAUAUUGAAAUUCCUUCUGGAUUCCGGCGCUGCUCAUUAGAACUUGUGAAAAGCAUUGAUAGAUAAAACGGCAUUUCAUAAACAAGCCUGUGGGUUAUUAGGGUUACAGUUGUAAGUUUAUAAAUGCCUUUUUUCCCCAUAUAUUUGAAUUAAUGUUAUUAUUAAUAUUAAAAUUAUUUGUUUUCAGCAUUAUAUAAAUUAUAUUAUACAAAUACAUUUUUUUCUGUGAUUUCAAAGGAAUGUUUUCUAAUAAAUGUACUAAAAUGUAAUGUAAUAAAAUUUACUAUUGCUUCUG